CCCCGUGUACAAAUCGUUUCUCGUCGUAUUUUUUUCGCUGGCUUUAUUCAGUCUCAACUCCAUAAGGAAGCAGGUAUGGAAUAAAGGGGAGGUUUGUGGAAAUGUCAGUGGGGUGGUAUUGCGGAAAUAUGGUGAGAGUUUGGACAUGGAUUGGUAUCUUGAAUCUGGUACUAACGAAAGUUACAUUACAACCAACGACAAUGACACUCAAAAAUUGUACAUUCUGGGACUGUUUGAGCUCUCUACCAAAUGGGGGAAACGAUUAGAAGGAAGCCAUGAGAUGCUUGGAGCUCAACUAGCUGUCAAACACAUCAACUCCUUAAAUAUGUUGGGAAACUAUAAGUUAGAAUUGCUUGUAAAUGACACUAUGUGCGAUCCAGGAGUGGGAAUGGACCGACUUUUCCAUGCAUUAUAUUCAAAACAUGCCAUAUUUAUGGUCCUGGGGUCUAGAUGUUCCAAUGUUACUGAAAAGCUAGCACAUAUUGUAUCUUAUUGGAACAUCAUUCAGAUAUCUUUUGGAUCAACUUCGCCAUCUUUAAGUGAUAGGAAUAAAUUUCCCCUAUUUUUUCGCACAGCAACGACAGAUUCAUCUCACAAUACAGCAAAAGUUCAGUUUGUGAAGGAGUUUGGUUGGAAAGUUGUGGCGACGUUCACUGAGAACGAAAAUGCAUUUUUGCUACCAGUCAAUCAUUUGAUAGCAGAUCUGGAACGAGCUGAUGUGCAGUGUAUUGCGUCGCUAACAUUUUCUCUUGAUAAUUAUAGGGAACAACUAGAAGUACUGAAAAAUUUGAAUGUGAGGAUUAUAUUUGGAAGCUUCUCUGCAGAAAUGAACCAUAAAAUUAUUUGUGCUAAAGAUCCAGAAUUUCUUAAAGAAAUAGAAAUGUUAAGAAGAUUCAAAUCUCCGUUCCCCAGAUUAACCUACGACGCAGUGACUGCGAUAUUUCAUGCUUUGGAGGGUCUUGAAAUUAAUGAUUGGUUUGAGGUAAAAGAUGGUCUUUAUUACUUAAAGAAAGCAGUGGUUAAACAGUUGGUUCAAAAUAUGAAUUCGCUGACUUUUGUUGGUUUAUCGGGAGCAGUGAGGUUAAGUGGUGGUGAGAGAAUAGCAAACUCAAUGAUUCGACAGUUUCAAGUUUAUUAUUUUUUAGGUGGGGCUUUGAAGAUUGUAGCAAUUUUUGACUCCAUCAAGAAUCAACUCAACUUUUCCUGCGACCAAUGCAGGAAGAUGAUUUGGAAGAACAACGAAGUACCUCUAGCACGGCGCACACUCAGAGUUUCCAAAAUAAAAAUUCCGAACGUUGUCUUCAUCGCCAUUAUACUAUUUUCUGUCUUCGGUAUUGCAGCGUCCAUCAGCUUCUUAUACUUCAACCUAAGAUUUAAAAGAAAAAAGUUUGUCAAACUGUCGAGCCCAAAUUUGACUAAUAUUACUGUGCUUGGGUGUAUAUUAGUUUAUUUGUCUGUCGUGGUCUUGGGAUUUAAUAACUCUUCGACGUAUUUGAGCCGAUACUUUGAUACAUUUUGUUCUGUUAGGGUAUUCCUUUUAUCCACGGGGUUUUCCCUUACGUUCGGAUCAAUAAUGGCGAAAACUUACCGAGUCCACAGACUUUUUACUUUUCUCGAAUCUGGUUUGCUCAGAGAUAAACUGUUAAAAGACAAACAACUUAUUGCUCUCAUCUUCGUGCCAAUCAUAUUCGAUGGUUUUAUUUUGACAUUAUGGCUCACGAUAGAUCCUUUGAGAAGAGAUGUUUAUAAUCUAACUAAGGAGAUAUCAUUUGGAGAAAAAGGAGUCGACUAUCAACCUCAGGUUGAGAUGUGUAAUUCUCACAAUAUCACCGGCUGGUACAUGGCACUUUUAGGCUACAAGACAAUGUUCAUCCUCAUGGGCACCUACAUGGCGUGGAAGACAAGACACAUCAAAAUCCCAAUCCUAAACGACUCGCAGUAUAUAGGCAUCUGCAUAUACAUAACAGUUUUUAGUACCAUUAUUGUCAUUGUCUCCAGUUUUGUAUCAAACCAAAACAUCAUACUCACUUAUAUUAUACAAUCCGUCAGUAUUUUAACCGCUACCACUGUUAUUAUGUUCUUAAUGUUUUUACCCAUCAUCAAAUCUGUUUUCGGCAAGCUGGAUAAUACAGAUCCUAUAAUGCAGAGCAUGGGACUAACCAGCGUGAGCAACACACGAAGAUUUAUUUUCAACGACAGUAAAGAAGUGUUAAAUAGACUUGAAAUUCAAAACAAGGUUCAUAGAUGUCGCUUGAUGAAACUCGAUAGUGAGAUUCUAUAUUUAGAGAAUGUCUUAAGGAGUUCAGAUAAGCUUUAGAAGCAACUGGACUUGUUUUAGAAACUUUUUAAUCAUGGGAUAAAAAUAUUCAGAAGACACCAUACAACGCUGUAACUCUGAGCACCAGGUGCUCUUUGAGGUCGAUUUUGAUGGCGUAUUCGUGUUUAGCAACCCCAAAAACACCCCAAGAAAUCUGCUUGCAUCAAUUUAGUGCCGAAAAUUCUCGAAACUCCAGAAGAUGACGUGCCAUGGCAGUGGAUUCUAUAGAAUAGAAUAGAAAUAUGCUUUAUUGUCAUGAAAAAUUGUACAAUUUUACCGACAAAGCUUACAAAAAGUCAAGAAAACAAAACAAUAACAAUUCAAUUUACUACAAUUACAUAAAUCGUCAGUAUAAAUUAAAGAAAUAAUAAUAAUGAAGUUAAACAGUUAAUCAAUUGCAAAAUUUAAAAAUUUAAAUAAAUUGCAAAUUGCAUAUAAUUAUAAUUGCAUAUAAUUGAUAGUCUACCUAUAGUCCAGAAAGCCACUGCGCAUCCGCUAGGAAAAAUAUUCUAAUUCGGAUUUUUUGCACAAUCUUAAUCAAAAAGGACCCCUUUUAACAAAUUUGCAUGUUGCCAGGACCAAAAGUUGGUCAAAAAAUUUUU